AUGGCUAUCAAUUUCAAUAAACUCUUCCUCCAAAAUCUCUUACCGAAGACCCAGUCUGUUGCUCACACACAGGUCCCUGGAUUUGGCAGUUGCGAGGCCAUAUUUGAGGGCACUGGCUCACAAGAAUACCCCGAAGCUAAGAAUGCUGAUAAUUUAGCCUCCGAACAGCAAGAAAGGGAGACAGAGAAACUCUCCCAGACAUUGAAAAGCCUACGGAUGCUUAUUGACAAACACAACAGACAACGAACUGGGAUUAAAGACUCGGCUAAACUCCACCUUAGAGCCCCUCCACAGCCACCAUCGGAACCACAUGUAAAUGAACAACCGAGACACAGAAGGAAUACCUUGAGUCACCAUCCAUAUCAGGUGGAUUCAGCACCAAUUUGCAAAGAUCUUGCUCAUCACAGAGCAAAUGAAAGGACGUCUAAAAAGCCCGAAAAGGUCAUAGUGGAAGUUCGUGUAGUAUUUCUGAAAAUCGGCGAAAUUGAUACAUUGAAAGAAAUGUAUCGCGCUGACGCUUUCAUUCAAACGAAGUGGCCAGAACCUCGGUUAAACGGCAAAACGGAUGAAGAACUUACAAAAACUGACCUUUCAAAAUGCUGGAAUCCCCUUGUAUACAUCGAGAACAUUCUAACAGAAUCAAAGGAACAGCACUGGAUGUCGGCGAAAAAUGACGAUAAUGGUCAAGUUUUCAUUACUGAAAGGCGUAGACUUCGAGCAAUCUUUCUCGAAACUCUUGAACUCAAUGAUUUUCCACUGGACGUACAGAAUAAAAGACGUUUUGCCACAAGAUUGUGA